AUGGGAUGUCUUUGCUCCACAAGGCAGGUCUCCUUGGACGAGGACUUGAGGAGUGGCGAUGUAUGGCACAAGAAGGACUUUGCUACAGAGCUUGCUGAUGCACAUCUGCUGUGCCUGUCGCUGAACGGUGGGGUUUUAGGGUCGUUGCAAUGCCGAGAAAUGCGAAGGUGGGAUGCAGGAUCGGGUGAGAUCGACCCUGGUCUUCUUGGCUCGAUCAUGGGAGCUGGCAGCAAGAAGCGAGAAGGACAGCAUUUUCUAGAGAUGUACGGUAAUCAUAAACGAGCAGGAGACAGCAAUAUCGUAUCCGCCAUCCCAGCUGACAAUAUCCAGUCGCAAGGACGACCUUCCAUCAUGUCGAUCCCGAGCUCUCGUGUCGACCUUGGCGCUGCUGCCUUCGCGGCGUCCAAGCCGUCUGGUGUAGUCACUUGCACAUCUGACGCGGUGCGAUCACCAACAGCGACCCAGGGAGAGAUGUCUAAGAACGCCCCCGUCCUCUCCCUUCCUUCGCUCAACGCUCUCUUUGCCCACAAAGUCAAGACGAUGGGAGACAGCGUCUUCCUCUGCGUUCCCAAGAAGGACAGCAGCUUCCCAGCCUCAUCGUUUGAGUACGACCAAUACACUUUCAGCCAGACCGAUUCGCUCGUCAAGAAGAUAUGUGCAAAGUACGCCCGCAUCCUGCCACCUCGACGCCACGAGGAUGCACAGAAGGUAGUGGCGCUCUUCGCCGACAGCGGCUUCGACUAUGCCCUCAACGCCUUGGCCAUUUGCCGACUCGGUCACACCGUGGCCUACCUUUCGACAAACAAUUCCGUUCCCGCACUUGCACAUCUCGUCAAGGCCACCAAGGCCCAAUGCCUGCUCUACGGUACCGAUCAGACCAGCAAGAUUCUCGACUUGAAGGCCUUUCUUCUCGAGCAAGGCCAGACGUCAACUCAGAUGAUGCAGUGGACCACGGUCGCCGAGGCAGUCGAAACAUCGCCAGCUGAAGAUCAGACCGGGAGAGAAGCUUUUCCUGCUUCGCAGCUGAGCUACGCCGAAGAGAGUCCCGAAGUUGCCUUUAUCGUCCACUCGAGUGGCUCCACGGGCUUCCCCAAGCCCAUCCUGAUCACGCAUCGAGCAUCGGUUGCCAACCUUGCUUCGGCGUUCGGUCGCGAUGGCUUCAUAACGGUUCCUCUCUUCCACAAUUUUGGACAUGCAAGCUUUUGGCGUGCCGUCUACGCGGGCAAGAAGCUCUUCAUGCACGAUGGCCGCUUGACCGCCGACGUCCUCGUGGAUGCGAUCGGCGCAAGCACCGCUUCGCAGUUCUACGCUGUUCCCUUCGUUCUGAAGCUUCUCUCCGAGUCGGAGCGUGGCUUGGAGGCUUUGCGCAGAUUCGAGCUGGUCACCUUCGCCGGCUCGGCCUGUCCGAGCGAGAUAGGUGACAUGCUCGUCCAACAGCACAACGUCCCUCUCGUUGCCCUCUACGGCUCCACCGAGGUCGGACAGCUCAUGACAAGUUUUCGUGACUUUGCCACAGACAAGGAGUGGGAGUUCCUUCGCCCAACUGCCGCCUUCAAGCCUUUUUUGCAUCUCGAAAACGUUGGCUCUGACGAGUCAGGUCCUUUCGAAGUGGUCGUCGACUCCAAGUGGAGAGCGCUCACAAAGUCAAACCGACCUGACGGGUCGUAUGCCACCAGCGACUUGUUUGUUCGCCACCCCACUCUGCCAGACGCCUUCAAGUUCGUCGGACGCUCGGAUGACACCCUGGUCCACUACAACGGCGAGAAGACCAACCCAGUACCGAUGGAGCUUGCAAUCCGCUCCUCCCCCUACGUGGCUGAAUGUCUCGUUUUCGGAGCCGGUCGAGCUCAGACGGGUGUUCUCGUGGUUCCUUCGUCCUUGGCGGUGGAGAAGGCACAAGCUGAAUCAAGCGCAGCCUCAGAAGCGUCCUUGGACCGUCAGCUUGGCCGACUGGUCUGGAAAGCCGUCGAGGCCGCCAACCGUGAGGCACCAUCGCACUCUCGAGUGGUGCCCGAGCUAGUCAAGCUGCUCCCUGCCGACACCAAGUUCAGCUCUGCUGACAAGGGAUCGUUGAUUCGCGCAAAGGUUGUCAAGGCAUUCGAGCAAGAGAUUGCCCAAGCAUACGCAGACUAUGAGGCUGGCACAGCUGCCGGGUUGGAGAGCGUCCAGAUCCAGCAGGUCGACGACGAGCCUUCGGCCAUCUCUGUGGUGGCUCAGGUCGUCUCCGAAGUCAGCGGUCGUCCUAUCUCGCCUCCGCCGGCUUCAGCCGAGUUCUUCAAUGUCGACCUCAUCCAGCUCGGUAUUGACUCGCUUCAGGCCAACCGCAUCCGCAACCUGUUGCAACAGCGAGUUCAGCUUCCGUCUCGUUUGCCUCCUAACCUUGUCUUUGAGCACCCCACCGUGCGGAAACUGGCCAAAUUCCUGCUUUCAUCCGCCAGGGGCGAGGAGCAGUCCGCUUCGUCGGUCGACCGCAACGCUAGCGAGAACCAGGCCAUGCACACCACCAUGCAGCAGCUCGAGCGUUUGCUCAUGGUCCGCGAUGCCACCAUUGUUCAGGCAGCUGCUGCCGCUUGUGCCGUGCCGAGGAAGCACACCAUCGUAUUGACGGGCUCGACCGGCUCGCUCGGUGCUCAUAUUCUCCAACAGUUGGCGACAAUGGACGACAUCAAGACCGUCGUCUGCCUCAACCGCGCAAAGAGCAACGACGACGCUCAGAAGCGAACCGAGGAGUCGCUCCAGGUGCGUGGGCUGAGCUCGACCGCCCAGAUUGUUGCCGAGAAAGGCGUUCGCAUCGUCUGCCUCGCUUCCGACUUGAACAAGCCCCAGCUCGGUCUUGACAACGAUGCAUGGGGGUAUCUGUUGAAGGACACUAGCUGUGUCAUCCACAACGGCUGGCCCGUCAACUUCAACAUGUCCGUGGAGUCGUUCAGCUCGUCUCUGUUCGGCACGGUGGCGCUGAUGAACCUCCUUUCGCAGACAGUGGGCACUCAGUCGCCGAGGUUCAUCUUCUCUUCUUCGGUCUCGGCUUCAGCACGUCGCCUCGGCAACGUCGUUGAGGAGACCAUCUCGCAAGAUGCCAAGGACGCUCAGGAGAUGGGCUAUGCGAGGUCAAAGUGGAUGGUCGAGCGACUCUGCGGUGUGGCGCAGCAGCUUGUCGGCGGUGGCUUUGACGCCGUCGUUGCCCGAAUCGGCCAGAUGGUCGGCGAUCGUCGUUCCGGCAUCUGGAACCAGACCGAAGCCGUCCCUCUCAUGCUCAAGUCGGCGCAGACCGUUGGCUGUCUCCCUAACCUGCCCGAGCAAGUCUCCUGGCUUCCCGUCAAUGACGCUGGCUUCAUCAUGGCCCGUCUCGUCCAGCCCGCUAAGCUUCACGGCGUCGUCCACAUUGUCAACCCCAGCUUGACGCCCUUCGCCAAGGUGCUCGAGCUGUUGCGAGCGCCUCACAACCUCGGCGACAGCUUCGAGGUUGUUGACACGCUCGAGUGGCUCCGUCGUCUCGCCGAGUCCGACAAAGACCCCGAGAAGAACCCGACGAUCAAGCUACUCAGCUUCUUUCACAGCAAGUACGACCCUUCGCUCCAGGCCCAGACCUUGACGGAGGAGUACGCUCGGCGCAAGCAGGCCAAGAAGCAUCAGGUCAGCCAUCUGCAAUCGGUCUUUCAGCAACUCGGCCUCGAACAGCAGCUGCGCGAUCGCCUCGUAGAGGUCGACGACCAGCUGCUCACCAACAUCGUCGCGGCUUGGAGACGCGAUGGUUUCCUCCUUUAG